AUGGAAGGCGUAGCGUCGAGACUGAGCCGGGCGUCAUCGAGAUACAGUGGUCCGUCCUCGACGGCGGUUUUCAACGGCCGUGUAAGGAAGUGGAAGAAGAAGUGGGUACGUGUCUCAACUUCACCAGUCGGCAUUUUCCGACCAUCUAAACCCAACGGUCGGAGCAAUUCUCAACACCAUAUGCUUCUCCAUAAGUGGACCCCACUUUCAUCGACGAAGACGGUUACAGCCUCCGGUGAGACGGAGGAGCCGCCUAAGCGAAGAUUCAGAUACGCUCCAAUUGCGAUGCUUGAGGGUAGAGAGAAAGUGGCCAGUAAGGAUUAUGAAGUUGAAGAUUCAGGGGAAGAGAGUGAUGAAUUCGACAAUGAAUCUCCAUUGAACAGAGGCGUUAAGCUGGACAUGAACAUGACAGACACCGAACAAACUAAGAAAGCAAAAACUCGUCAUUGGAAACUGGGACUGUGUCUGAAUUCUCAAGGGACUGAAGAAUGA